UAAAGCAAGUGUAGUAGCAAACAGAAGUAUAAUCCAAGUGUGUUGAGAAUGGAUGCAAAGGGAAAGAGUAUUCGUUAUGGCAGCGACUCUGAAGAUGAUUAUGAUGAUGAAAAAGACACACAAGAACCAGAAUUGGAUCUUUCUCUUGAGAAGCUGAAUCUUGGUCCUAAGAAGAAGUUGCUUAUUAUGAACCUUAAUGGCUUUCUUCUCCACAGAGUUCAUGUUCGUGAUACGAAAGGAAUUCCAAAAUCUCGAACUGCUGAUUACAAAUACCGUUACUUUCUCCUUUUUAAGAGGCCGUUUAGUGAAGAAUUCAUGAAAUUCUGCUUAGAAAGAUUUGAAGUUGGAAUCUGGUCUUCUGCAAUGGAACAUAAUAUUGAUUGUGCUUUGAGAUGUGCUAUAGGAUCAUCAGAAAACAAGCUACUAUUUGUUUGGGAUCAGAAUAAAUGUACCGAUUCUGAUUUUAAAUCCUUGGAGAAUGAAAAAAAACCUCUUUUUUUCAAAGAACUGAAAAAAGUGUGGAGUAGAGUCAAGAAAGGAGGCCCAUAUUCUGCUUCAAAUACUUUGCUCAUUGAUGACAAACCCUACAAGGCUCUCCUUAAUCCUCCUAAUACAACAAUUUUUACUGAGUCCUAUGAUGCAGAGGAUAAGCAUGACAAAGCUUUAGAUCCAAAGGGUGAACUGUGCAAGUACUUGAAAGGACUAGCUGAAGCUGAUGAUGUUCAAGCAUAUGUGAAAGAAAAUUGUUUUGGAAUACCGGCAAUUACAAGCUCUCAUUCUGAUUGGAGUUUUUACUCGCGUGUUCGUUCAACUUUGCGUUAAUGAAGAUUAAGAAAAUUUAGUGCUUUGGAUUAUGUUUGUGUGGUAAAUUAUGGUUUUGUUAAAGGCUUAAUCGUUUUAUGUAUGACGGUUUGGAACUUUGGAUUAAGUUUCUUUUAAUUUUAUGAAUGGUUGUUUUUGGUGUUUCAUCUAUGUAUGUAUGGCCGUUAUGAUUAAUCGUAUAUUUUACUCUACUUUGCAAUUUUUAA